AUGUACAGUGGCAGUGAGGAGGGUCUUUCUCCUGAGGAGAGUGAGGUGCCCUUUAUCAGCUGCCACCUCAAAGACUGUGGAAUAACAGACGUCGCCCUGAAGCUGCCUGCACUCCGUGAGGCCUUCUCUACCCUGUUAACCAGCAUCCAUCUCCAAAACGUAUUAUUUGUAAGCGGCAAAGAGCUUGUUAUGCACCUAGCAGCUCUAAACAAGCAGGAUGUGCUGGAGGUGCAGCUUUCAUAUGAGGCUCUGAUUCGCUUCCUAAAAGAAGCAGCCAAUCAGAGCUCAGUUCAGUUGGAGAUGUUCGAGGUUCAGCUGCACCUAAACUUACUUGAUGUGCUGUAUGAACUCCUCCUCUUCGGGUGGUUCAGUAACGACUCUGCACCUGAGUUUAUGGAUGGAGGAUUCCUAGAUAGACUUUUCAAGCACAUCAUGAGCUGGGACGUCGAGAUCUGGCAACCUGCAGCUCAGCGGUGCUUCACGGUUCUUCAAGAGCAGCUGACCGAAUUCCUUCAAGCGGUUUUCUCACAGCCACUAGCACUUUAUGAAGAUCCUGAAGGCUUGGCUCAUGUGGUGCUGGACCUCCUCAAGCUGCACGUCCAGCAGAUGCUGAAGACCUUGAGGAAAUUCUGA